CCCUCCUUUGCCACAUCUUCUUCCGAGAUAUCGUCUAAGACACAGAACAUGACCGUCGAAGAUUCUACUGUGACAAAUUCGAAUGUAGCAGCUGAUGCAAAAAAAAUAGUAUUGUUGAAGCGAAAUCCGAGCACUACUAUUAAUAACAGUAAUCCGCAAACCAGUGUUGGAAAUAAUACACUUAUCUCUUCAAUCGAUUUAACGCAAACUCCUUGUAGAUCCAAUUCAUCAUCACCAAAUCUUGACAAUGAAUUGACGCCUGAAAACAGCGAAAAUUCGAGUGAGGUAGAUUUCAACACUGGUCUAGAUGGAUUUUUGUUGGCAGCACUCAAAAAUCCAAAAGAUAGAUUAUUUCUCUUGAAGUUAGACCGAGAAAUGGAAAGGUUCAUCAACGAUAAAAACCAUACCCGAUUAGAAUUUCCUCCAAUGAAUUCUUAUCAGCGUUUAAUAGUUCAUCGUGUUGCACAAUAUUUUAAGCUUUCACAUGUCGUUGAUAACAGUGGAAAGGCUGAAGAAGAGAAACCCGAAAAAUCUGUCAAAAUAAUGAGGAGACAGCAGAUAGACCCUCAAAAAACUCGAUCCACAGGUGAUUCUGACAGCAAUUCCGAAGGGGAGCGUAAGAUUCUAACAAUAGAAGAACGUGAGGCCGCAUAUCAGAAAGCUAGAGCAAGAAUUUUCAAGGAUUUAGAACAAAAAAACGGAGAAAAUGAACAAGAUGAAAAUGAAGGUGCUGUGUCUUCUACCGCUAUAAAUCUUAGUGUUUCGAAUAACAAUAGUAACGAACAACCGAAUAGCGAGUCUACAUCUUCCAGUAAGACAAAAAAUACUGUACAAAAAGUCGCAAAUGUUAAUAGCAACAACAAUAAUAAGAACGGUAAACCAUCACAACAAGUAAGCAAAACCACCGGAAAUAAUAAGAAUUCAAAUAAAAAUGGUGCAAAUAAUGCAAAAAACCGGCAACAACAGCCAUCGCGAAUGCAACCUUUUAACUACAACCCUUCAAUGGAUCGCUCAAUUUAUCUAUCAAAGCAAGGCAGACCUAUCGGUAAUUUUUCUGGUCCACCGCCAAUGAUGCCUCCAGGUCCGUUUGGUCCUCCAUUUUUUAAUGGACAUGUAAACAUGUAUGAUGUAAACAUGGUGCCCAUGCAGCCGCCGCCAAUUAUGCCACCAGAGAUGCAAGUAUGUCAUCCGAUGAGUAGUCCAUACGUAAAUAUUCCUCAUGAGUGGAAUCCAGCGCUUUCUGGCCCUUAUAACCGUCCAGGUGUCAGAAAUGUAUGGGGAACGGAAACAUUCAAUGCACCUCCGGAAAUUGGAGGAAAUCCUUCUCUUUUUAAUCAUCAAAAAAACAAUCCGACUUCAUUUUUACCACCGCGUCCUUCUGCGCAAAAUGAAGUUCGACCUCAAGUUCAUAAUUUAAAGCACUUGAAUCAAUAUCCACCGCCUCAUUAUUCGCAGCCUCAUGGAUCUGCGUAUUCAGAAAAUAAUCAUCUAAUUAAUUCUCCCGUUUCACCUAUGGAAAGCAAAUCAAACAAAUCGCCCUCUGCUUCACCGAGUUCUCCUAUGUCGCAGUCUGGAUUUGAUAGUAAUAAUUCCAUUUGGGCAAAUAAAAGUCAAUGGAACAAUGUUCCCAGUGGAGAGGAUAGUAAAUUAAACAAUGAACGUCAGUUAGAUCAAAAACGUCCAAACAAUAGAUCGUCCACAUUUGUCCCUCCAUCUCAACAACGUGAAGUUCCGUUUUUUAAUCCUGUUUGGAAUAACUCUUCUGAUUCUCCUGCGAUGAACAUUUUCAAUUCAUCUCAGGCCUCGGCAGAAUACCCUACGCAGAAUACACCGGGAGUGCCACUCAUACCUCAAAUGUAUCCUACGAUCGUACAACCAAUCUCGGGUCCAAAUACAGGCCCUCGUCGUAAUAACGGCGGAAAUCAUAUAAUUCCAGGGCCGAUUUCGCCAGAAUAUGUUAACAAUGUACAGCGUUUUGGGAUGGCGCCUCCACCAAUGGUAGGGUUUCCAGCUCAAUCCACAUCUUCAAAUGUAACUGGCGCUAUAAGACCUCCAAAGUCAACCGAGUUAUUUGAUCCAAACAAUCCUUCGGCACUUUCAACUCAAAACACAAAUUUAUCUGCUAUUGCAUCUGUGCAAUCAUCCGUUUCACAACCAUUAUCUACUUCAAACUCAGCACCUUCGUCAUCAAGAUCCACCUCACAUGCACCGUCAUCAAAGUCAAACUCUGCGUCCGGUAAUAAAACACCAUCGUCUUCGCCUUGGACAGGACCAUCAGCUGGGAACAAAGCAGCAUCUUUAACCCAAAACCAAAAUAAUAACAAUUCCCGUAGAAAGAAUGCAACCGAAUCUUCCAGUAAUUCGAAUAAUAAUGCUAUUGUGGAUGGUACCAUGAUGCGAUCACUGAGUAUUUCUUCAAACAGCUCCCAACAAAGUAGGACACACCAUCGUCCACCUUCCACCCCUCCAUCCGGAAAUGGAAAAAAGAAAGAAAGCGGACUUUUGUUUGAUUACUCCAUGCAAGUACCAUACGAAGGAGUUAAACCGAGUGAGGCUAAUGAACCACCACAACCAAGUCACAUCAUAGAACUUUAUGAUUUUUCUGAAUCCGAUAACCUCAUGGAUAUUUCGUUUUCGAAUGCAAAGAUUAAACAAAUUGGACCGCCUCCUAAUUCCUCUGAUAAACGGCCAACAAUCCUUGCUAUCUUUAAGAAUUCGCGUGAAGCCAAUAAAGCGAUGCAAAACUAUAGGGGAGUAAGGUUUAAAAUCAAAACGUGGGAGCUUUUGGUGAAAAAUGGGGGAAACGUGAGUCCACUGAUAUCAGUUGACAGUUAUGAAAGGCAUCAUCAAGAAUUGAUGAAUGCUACUCAUGGUUUGCCAUUGAAUGGAAAACAAUGA